AGUCACCCUUAUCCGGAAGGGGCAGGGGAGGCCAAAGAACCUAGCAGACAAAGAGGCUUGACCUUAGAAGAAAAGAAAAACUUUUGAGGGAGUUCCUCUCUAGGUGUUCGACGUGGGAUAAUUAUUUUGCUUAGUUGAAUUCCCCUGAAGGUGUUGAAGUAAGUCCUUAUUAGUUUUGAGACAAUGCCUUCAUAUCUGUUCAGACUUCAGACCUCCAUUGGUAUCUUUAUGGAUCAUUUUGCUUGAGACUUAUAUAUGCUGCAAUGAAGAGAACGAAAGCUGCUUCAAUUUAGUUGAUUUAAUUGCUGUUUUCGCCAAUUCAAUAUGAAAUCUCCAGUUCCUCUGUGCCUAAACCUUUUUCCUAAUCUCUCCAUGGUCGUUGAUCUCUGGAACUCUAAAAUACGAGAAGCUGUAAGUCAGAACAAUGCCCACAAAGCCCUUUUUCUCUUCCGCCAAAUGAAACAAAAUGGCCUGCAACCCAACAAUUUGACCUUCCCUUUCAUAUCCAAAGCCUGUGGCAAGGUUUGCAAUUUUGAAUAUUCCCAAAUCAUCCACACCCACAUCUUAAAGUCCCCAUUUUACUCAAAUGUGUUUGUACAAACAGCGAUGCUUGAUAUGUAUGUAAAAUGCCAUGAACUAAACAUGGCAUAUAAGCUGUUUGUGGAAAUGCCAAAAAGGGAUGUUGCUUCUUGGAAUGUGAUGCUUGUGGGUUUCGCACAACUGGGUUUCUUUGAUAAAGUUGUUCAUAUAUUUCGGGAGAUGAGGUAUGCAGGCAAUUUUCCUGAUUCAAUCACAGUUAAGGGAAUGAGUCAGGCCAUAUCAUGUGUGAAGGAUUUGAAAUUAGCAAAGGGUGUUCACUCAUUUGGAAUUCGAAUUGGGACAGAUAAUGAUGUUUCUGUUGCUAACACUUGGAUAUCAUUAUAUGCUAAAUGUAGUGAUUUGGAGAUGGCCAAGUCAGUUUUUGAUGGAAUUGAAGUAGGUUUAAGGAGUAUAGUCUCAUGGAAUUCUAUGAUUGCAGGGUAUGCUUAUCUGGAGAAAUUUUUAGAGGCUUUUAAUUCUUACAAAUGGAUGCUGUGUGAUGGAUUGAGGCCUGAUAUUAGUACGAGUAUUAGCUUGCUUUCUUCAUGUGUACUGCCAGAGAGAGUUUUUCAAGGUAUGCAGAUUCAUUCCCAUGUAAUUAGAUUAGGUUGUGAUUCAGAUAUUCACGUGGUUAAUACUCUUAUAUCUAUGUAUUCCAAGUGUGGAGAUGUUCACUCUGCAAGAUUUUUAUUUGACAGCAUAUGCAAAAGAAGUUGUGUUACUUGGACUGCCAUGAUAAGUGGUUAUGCAAAGAAACAGGGUAUGGAUGAGGCCUUGAAUUUGUUCAAUGCAAUGGAAGCAGCUGGUGAGACACCUGAUUUGGUUACUGUACUUUCUAUGAUUUCGGGUUGUGGCCAAACCGGUGCUCUUGGACUCGGAAAGUGGAUUGAUGCUUAUGCCACUAUGAACUGUUUAAAGCACAAUGUUGUGGUUUGCAAUGCAUUGAUAGACAUGUAUGCAAAAUGUGGAAGUAUAUCUGAUUCCAGGGAUGUCUUUAAUACCAUGCCCAGUAAAACUGUUGUCUCCUGGACAACCAUGAUUGCAGGUUUGGCUUUGAAUGGAUCAUUUGAAGAAGCUUUGAACCUUUUCAAUAGGAUGAUUGAGUUGGAGAUGAAGCCAAAUCACAUAACAUUUCUAGCCAUACUUCAAGCAUGCACUCAUGGUGGUUUUCUUGAGAAAGGUUGGGAAUGCUUCAAUAUGAUGACCAAAGUUUAUAAGAUAAGUCCUGGAUUAGAUCAUUAUUCCUGCAUGGCAGAUCUCCUUGGUCGUAAAGGAAAGCUAAAAGAAGCAUUGAAAUUUAUUCAAGAUAUGCCUGUUGAACCUGAUGCAGCCAUAUGGAGUGGAUUACUUAGUGCUUGCAAGAUACACCACAACAUCGAGAUUGGUGAAUAUGCUUCUCAGCGCCUCUUUGAGAUGGAGCCCUAUGUUUCCUUUCCAUAUGUUGAGAUGGCUAACAUAUAUGCAUCAGCAGGAAGGUGGGAUGGAGUUGCAAGGAUGAGAUAUAUGAUGAGAAGUAACAGGAUUAAGAAGUCACCAGGACAGAGCUUUGUUGAAGUAAAUGGGAAAACUUGUGCUUUCACUGUUGAAGACAGAGGUCAUUUUGACAGGGAUCUAAUAUAUGCUGUUUUGGAUGGUUUGAUUUUGCAGUCAAAGGAAGAAGGUUCCUCACAACAUUCAGAUGGAACUCAAAAAUUUGACUUGGAAAUUAGUAAUAUAGAAUGAUGUGGUUUGAUGGCAUUAGUGAAAGCAAUAUAUUGGGUUGGGCUUGCAUUGUGCAUUUUGUUUAUCGUAAACAAAUUAAACAGUGAGUUUUUGAAGCAGAGGCGAUUGGAUUAGUAAGGAAUUUGGAGGUUUUGGAUUUAAGUUAUAAUUGGAUUAAUGAGAAUCUUCUUCAUUCAGUUGUUUGAUGAAUCUAAGGGUAUUGGGAUUGUAGAAUAACUGAUUGUUUUUUUUGGUGUAUACCAGAGAAAUUGUUGAAUGGAUCAGUGCUGAUUGAAGAACUGAUAUGUCAGUGGUGAUGGAUAUGCAGGUGUUUCUUCUAUCUUUCUUUCUUGGUUAUUCCUCAAAUUCUCUUUUCCAUGUCCUUCUUUCUUGGGACAAUAAUGUGUUCAUGGGGUUGCUAUUGUUGCAUACAAGAGGACUGGGUGCAGGAAGCAGCUUGGGAUGUCUGAAUAUUUGUAACAAAAGCAGUUAUAGGUGUGUAAUAGUAGUUAGUAGUAUAGCUGGAGUUGGUUAAAGAAGUUAUAAUUGGCGGGAAUAUUUGGAGCACACUAUAACAGUAGACUGAGCUGUAUAAAGACAGCUAGGAGGUUGAUGUUAGGCAUUCAAGAAUUUUUAGAAAUAAAUAUAAUGAAGCUGAAAUAAAAAAUCAAUAAACUACAUUUUUAUUUA